AACGAGGCAGUAAAACCAUACAUUCCUUCCCACUUCCUACUUUUCUCAAAAUUUUCAAAACGAAGAAAUCCCCCGCCAAAAGGGAAAGCUUAAUUCAAACUGAAGAUUGAAAAAACUGAAAACCCCAUUAGACGAAGAACCUGAAAUGAAAAGCUACUCCGUAGUCCGUGGUAAUUUAGUGCAAAACAUGUGGAUUCUCUGAACAAUGGAGAAGGGGUUGAUUAGUGUUGAUCGAUGGAGCAAGCAUAGCCAGGCUUACUUCCUCACUCAUCUCCAUUCCGAUCACACCAAGGGCUUGUCUUCCAAGUGGAGCAAGGGCCCAAUCUUCUGCUCCCCCGUUACGGCGAAGCUCUUCCCGUUUAAAUUCCCUGGUUUCCGCCUUUCUCUUCUUACGGUUAUGGAGAUCGGAAUUCCAUAUUCAAUUUCUUUAGUUUCUCCCUCCACCGGAUUGGAGACUUCGGUUCGUGUUACCGCCAUUGAUGCUCACCAUUGCCCUGGUGCUGUCAUGUUCUUGUUUUGUGGUGACUUUGGCUGCACCCUCUACACUGGUGAUUUUCGUUGGGAAGCAAACAGUGAGAGGGCACUUUUAGGGAAGAACACGCUCCUCAAUGCACUUAAGGGUGAUAAAUUGGAUUUCCUUUAUUUAGAUAAUACUUACUGUCAUCCAUUGUAUUCCUUCCCUCCUCGAGAAGCUGUUGCUCAGCAGGUUAUUGAUGUUAUUGCUUCCCAUCCUGAACAUGAUAUCAUCAUUGGCAUUAACACGUUGGGGAAAGAAGAACUUCUUGUUAACAUUUCGAGAGCACUAAAAAUAAAGAUUUGGGUGUGGCCAGAACGCUUGCAAACAAUGCAUCUUCUUGGAUUCCAUGAUAUCUUCACGACCAAUACUUCUCUUACUAGAGUAAGAGCUGUUCCCUGUUACAGUUUUAGCAAUGACACCCUUGAGGGAUUAAAUACAAUUCGCCCAACAAUUGGAAUCAUGCCUUCUGGUCUUCCAUGGGUGAGACCCAUUAAAGAGAAUGAAGAUAAUCUUGCUUCUCUUCCAUUUUGCUACGAUACUGGAGAAAAAGUGACUGCAGAUGUUGGAGCUCAUGCAAAUGGAAGUCAGCUGAAUGAAAAGCCAUGCAAUCUCCGAACGGUUCAUCAUUAUAUCUACUCACUACCAUACUCUGAUCACUCAUGCUACUGUGAAAUACAGGACUUUAUUCAACUUGUUCAGCCUACCAACAUGAAGGGCAUAGUUUCUUCCUUGUUUUGCCAGACUGACCCUAUGUACCAUUUUGGCCACCUUUGUGUUACAAGUCAACUACAUGAGCGGCCAUUCAAGAAAUUCAAAAGAGGGGAGGUAGACGGCAGUGACAAAGCUACCCAGAAUAAGCCUAAACUUGGAUUGGAGAAGCACAGUGAAGCAAAAGCUAUGAGAAAAAGGACAGUUAAAGUUGGUUUCAUACACUUAAAUCUUCGCAGGGUAAGUCUUCUCAGACGAGCAAGACGUGGUGCAAAGGUUGCAGACAAUGACAUAUCUACUGAUUCAUCAGGUUGUAUGCUAAAACCAUGUAAAUUGGUUGAAGAAAGUGUAAUGAGGUAUGCAAAUACAGUGCAUGCCAGCUGGAUUGUAAAUGAUUGAGUUUCAUCUGAAAGUAAAGCUGUGUUGAUUUAAUUUUUACAGAGUACAGAGUAGCUUGCCUGUAAUAAUUACAAUUUUGCCCAAGUUCUCAUCCCUGGCAACUUGAAUGUUUUCCAGUG